UAUUUUCUUUUUUUACAGAGACCUCUGUGUGCCUGAGUCCCUGCAUUGUGUGGCUGCUCACUGGAAUCACAGAUUCAAUACACAGAGAUCCUUAACAGGAUUUGGAAUUGGAGGAAAGAUGAUCCCCAGCCAGCCCUGCUGAGCCACAGGAUGGGGCCAGAUGUCCCCCUGCUCAAUGACUACAAGCAGGAGUUCUUCCUGAAGCGCUUCCCUCAGACCCUGCUGGGAGGCCCCAGGUUCAAAUUAGGCUACUGUGCCCCUCCCUACAUCUAUGUGAACCAGAUCAUCCUUUUCCUGACCCCAUGGCUCUGGGGAGGAGUGGGGACACUGCUGUACCAGCUGGGGGUGAUGCAGGACUUGUGCACAGCAGCCCUGUCAGGAGGACUCAUGUUUGUUACUGCUCUUGCUCUUCAGAUGACAAACCUCUAUGCAAAGCAGAAAACAGUGACUGUAGAAAGAAUGCAAAUUCAGAGUACCCUGACAGAUGAAGAUGAGUUUGAAUUUUCCAGCUGUGUAGGUUCAGAGACAGUAAAAUUUAUUAUUCCUGGCAAGAAGUACAUAAUCAACACUGUAUUGCAUUCCCUUCUGGCAGGGGUGUUGUGUGGGCUGGGAACUUGGUAUUUGCUGCCAAACAGAAUAACCUUGUUAUACAGCAACAUUGGAGGAACUGUUGUGAUCUUUGUGUUUGGAUGGGUGACCAUAUGUAUAGGAGAGUAUUCAUUAAUCAUAAACACAGCCACUGAAACAGCCACUUUCCAAGCACUGGAUACUUAUGAAAUCACUGCUCUGAUGAGACCUUUCUACAUUUUUGUCUUUAUUGCAGUGGAUCUUGCAUGCAGGUUUGCUGUCAACGCACCCAUUCUAGAGCAGACAAACCAGAUUUUGCACAUCCUGUUUCUUUUUCUGCCAUUCUUGUGGGCAAUGGGAAUUCUGCCCCCACUUGAUGCACUUUUUCUCUGGGGAAUGGAACAACUGUUGGAGUUUGGACUAGGAGGUUCACCAAUGUCAAGUAACACCAAGUUGUUAGUAAUGUUUCUCAUUUCUGCUGGAACAGCAAUAGCAUCGUAUUUCAUUCCCAGCCCCCUCGGUGUGAUCCUCUUCAUGACUGGAUUUGGGUUCAUACUGAGUCUUAACCUAAGUGAGAUUGGGUUUGCCUUCAAACACACCAUGAUCAGCCAUUUAGCCUCCAGCAAAGCUAAAAAUGCUCACAGAGGUCUUAGAUUACAAUUUGGGUGGAGGGAAUUUAUUUUCUAUGUGACUGUGUUGGCGUUUGCUCUCACAGAAGCAGGCCUGCUGCAUCAAUUUGCAGGCUCCUCAUCAUCUUCCCAAGGCAGACCCCAGGCCAUAGCAAGUUACAUUCUGAUCCUAUUACUUGUAAUGAUGUGGAUUCUUAGAGAGAUUCAGAGAGUUUACUUGUUUGGAGUCUUCAGAAACCCCUUUUACCCAAAGGAUGUCAGGACUGUGGCUGUGUUCAUGGAGAAGCAAAGAAGGCUAAUGAAAGUUGGUGUUGUCAGGAGGAUUUUACUAACACUAGUGUCUCCGUUUGCUAUGAUAGCAUUCCUGUCACUUGACCGUUCCCUACAAAACCUGCAUUCCGUGUCUGUUUCCAUUGGAUUCACAAGGAUGUUCAGGAUGGUCUGGCAAAAUACAGAAAAUGCCUUACUAGACAUGGUGGUUGUGUCAGCAGCACAAAUGUUGGUGGUUAAUCCAGACCUCUGGUGGAACAGUCUGUCUCUGCCUGGGUCUCAUUACUUGUGCCGCUUCCAGGACAGGCUGAUGUGGAUUUUGGUGCUGGAAAAAGGCUUCACAUACUGUGGUGUGAACAUUAAGGGGCUAGAACUGCAGGAAACAUCCUGCCAUGCUGCUGAAGCUCACAGAGUGGAUGAAAUUUUUGAAAUGGCCUUUGAACAGCAGGAGCACACAAGGAUUCUGUCUCCCAAUCCCCAUUUUGGGCACAUCCUGACUCCCUGUACUGUGGUUCCUGUGAGGCUCUAUUCUGAUGCCAGGAAUGUGUUAUCUGGAAUAAUUGAUUCCCAUGAGAAUUUAAAGCACCUGAAAGAUGAUUUUGUGAAAGUGCUUGUGUGGAUGCUUGUCCAGUAUUGUUAUAAAAAAUCCAAGACGUGGGAAAGCCCAGGCAGUGCCAACAGGAGCAAACAAGAAUCAUUUCCAGAAAAUCAGCACAGUGGAGCAGUGAAAGGAUGCAGAGCUCUGAGGGAAGAAGACAGCUUUAGUGUUGAUACAGUGGAGGACUGGACUGAUGAUGGUGACAUUUUUGAUUUUGAGCCCAGUAGCAGAACAAGAGACAGAAAAGAUGCUGGGCACUUGGGACUGACACCCAAAGUGCACCUGUCUAUUCCAGGGUCCAUAGAAACACAGAGCCAAGAUUUCCUACAAGAAUUGUCUCCAGAAGAUAAAUUAAACAGGACUGUGGUGCUUGGGCUGCCUGCUGUGGACAAAGGGAAGCAGCCAGAAGUUUUACCUCGUGUAGAAUUCAGUUGCUCUUACUCAGAGCUGCUGAGCAUCCCUGAAGAAUGGAGAACAGCACCAGUGCCUUCUUCCAAAGUCAGUGAAAUGAGGCAGAGGUUUCCUGAGGAAUGGUACCACUUUGUUCUGAGCCAGCUGGACUUUUUUCAUCUGCAAGAGAAGCCUUCCAGCUUGCUCACAGAGCUGAUGGAAGAUGAAGCUCUGAAGGAGCUGUACAUCCUGGGGGUGCUGUCGUGCUGCUUUGGUCUGUUUGGGCUGGACAACGCCGUGCCUGCCCCUCGCCACGUCUUCAGGGCCUACACGGGCGGCAUCCCCUGGUCUGCUGGCUUGGACUGGCUCACAGGCAAACCAGAGCUCUUCCAGCUGGCAUUAAAAGCAUUCAGAUACACCUUUAAACUCAUGCUGGACAAAGCCAGCCUGGGCCCAGUGGAGACCUUCAGAGAGCUGGUGAAUUACCUGGAGGGGUACGAAAGCGAUUGGUACAUUGGGCUGGUGUCAGACCUGGAGUGGCAGCAGGCAGUUCUGCAGGAAAAGCCAUACCUGUUCUCUCUGGGGCAUGACCCAAGCAUGGGAAUUUACACCGGGCGAGUCCUCACUCUGCAGGAGCUGCUGGUGCAGGUGGGAAAGCUCAAUGCUGAAGCUGUGAGGGGCCAGUGGGCCAACCUGUCCUGGGAGCUGCUCUACGCCACCAACGACGACGAGGAGCGCUACAGCAUCCAGGCACACCCGGCGCUGCUGCGCAACCUGACCGUGCAGGCGGCCGAGCCGCCCCUGGGCUACCCCGUCUACUCCUCACAGCUCCUGCAGCUGCCCCUCUUCUAGGCUGGGCUUUCUCAGUUCUGCAUCUUGCUGGUUUGUCUUUUUCCUCUGUGUGGGGCAGUCAGGUGUCCCCGCUGCCCUGUGUGCUGCAGAUCAGGUGUUACUCGCAGGGUGGCAGUGCCAGGCUGGUGAGUGUCCUUGGCACAAAGGUGGUGCUGGCCAGAGCCUGCAGCAGGCAGCAAGGUGGGGACUGGUUUCUUGCUGCUGAGAUACAAGACACCCUUGUGGCUGGUGAGCCACAUGCUGCAAUUCUCCACCUUAAAGAAAAGCAGCAUAAUUCUUAUCAUUACCAUAAUUCUGCUCAUUAACUAUUUUUGGUGCAUUCUGAUUUAUUUUUCCUUUUUUUUUUUUCCGUGGACAGGUGACCUGCACUGCCAGUCAGGUUAUGGCCUCUUGUAGUGUUGUCAACCCCAGAGUUGGCAACCAAAGUGUACAUAGGACUAUUUAUAUAAUUUUUUUUUUAUUCUGGCCAUAUUAUAUUGGACUGAGUUCAGUUCUAGCAUUUGUUAUAUGACUCUCACUGAUCUUCCUUAUGUGCAGUAAGUUAUCAGCCCUACUUUAACUAAGGGACAACUUUUACCAAACUACUUGUUUUGGUAAAAAGAAUUUUAUAUAAACCAGUGUGUGCUCUGACACAUUGAUAGCCUGGGUGACUUUAUUGAUGAAAGAAGUCAAUGUAUAUAAUUAGGGGACGGAGGAAAUUUUAAGAACAAAUGCUAUGAUUUCAUCUCCUUCUUCCAGUAUCCAUGUAUAUGAUAUAUAUAUCUGUUUACACACACACACACACACAUAUAUAUAUAUAUAUAUAUAUAUAUAUAUAUAUAUAUAUAUAUAUACAUAGAUGUUGUUACUUUCAGUCUUUCCCCACCUCCCUAACCAGUCUUCCACAAAUGCAGUGAGAGCUUCAUGAUGGGGAGGUGGCUGGAAAUCCAGCUGGAAGUAUUUAUUUUUUUAACCUCACUACAGGCUGGAGCAGACCUGGACAGCUGGUUUGUGAACAGGUCCCGGUCCAGUUUCCAGUGGUUCAUUUUUCCUGUUCACUACCACCAGUCUGAGCACAUAACUGUGUUUUCUCAUAGUACAGUGGUCACACUGUAGGCAGAUGCUGAGCAGGGAGUAGGUAAUUGUAUUUCCUACUCCUGCAGAAUCAAUUUAAAUCACACCUGCUCUGUAACUGAAGCAGUACUGGUUUGGAACACCCAGCCUUGUCAGGGUCCAAGCACAUUUAUUACUUUUACUCCUCACCUUUAAGACCUUUUUUCUCAUGUGAAAUUUGCCACAGAACCUUGUCCUGGGCUGCUGGCUGUUCCUUUAGGUAGUGGCCAGAAAUGGUUUUUAAAAACUAUGCAAUGGUGUGGUGAGUUUCUAAAGCAGGUUGGUGCCACACUGGGCCCUGAGCUGUGUGGAAAUACAGAGCCAGGACAGUGAUGUGGAAGGGGCUUAUAGAGAGCACCUAUUUCAGCUCCCUCUCACAAGGAGGCAGAUGUUUACUCUCAUUUAACACUUCCAGGGCAAGGAGUGUCAUGAGCUCCUCAAGCAGUUCCACUUCUCUGCUGCUCUUGCAGCAGCUGGAAAGUUGGAGCUAUUUCCUAAAUCUAAUUUACCCUCCCUUGUCCCAUUGUAAAUUUGUUACUACUCGUCUUCCAUAUGGUCACAGAAAAUUUAAUUAUAUUUUUUGCAGCAGUCCUUACUCAAAGAUGGCUGUAAUUUCUGCCCUCAUCCUUUGUCUUUUGUAAACUGAAUAAACCAGUUGAGAAAGAGCUGAA